CUUAGUCUCAACCACCAUCAACACCCGUUACAGGUCGAUAUCCAUCUUUCCCCCGAAAGUUUAGUGUGACAAAAAGGCAUGAUAUCGCAGGAGUACAUGUACAGCAAUCCAUAUUUGCCCCCAAUCUCGAGGGGCCGGAUUCUUCCUACGAAGCGGGCAGAAUUUCGACUCCAAGACCGCCUUGAAAGAUUGGAUGCCGUUGCCUCUGAUAUUGUAGCAAAUCAAAAUAUCGGAAUUCCAUCUUUAGAAGCCAUGGAAGCUGACCUAAGGCAAUCAGCACGUGAUUUUAACUAUAUCAAGGAGCGUACCGCUGAACUCGAGGAUGAGCAUUCUCGAAAUCUUAGCCGAUUAUACGACAAGCAUACUGAAGAAUAUUUUGACGACGCAUUGGGACGGUACCACUCUUUUGAUGAGACACAAGUUAACCUUCCCGGCUGCGAAAACGGUCCGCAAGAAUCAGCUGUUGCCGGGCAAAUAGAGUCUCUCUCCUACAACCGUUUCAUGCACAGUUACUUCAUACAACCUUGGAACGAAGAUAUCAGACGAGAACGCGAAGCCCGUCUAGUUCGUCUCAGUCCUUGGCGGAUAUUGCAGGGACGAUGUGAUCCCGAUUCAUUUCCGGUGAAAGCCUCCCCACCGUGGCCGUCUACUGGUAUGUAUACUCCAGGGCCUAUAGUACAUCAAACGGAUGGAGGUGCAUGGGGGGGCGUGAAAUCCACGUAUCCAUUCCCGCAGUCGAUAGCGGCAUGGAAUUCUAUGCCACCAGGAGAAAAGGUCCGAGUUUCAAGGUAUCUCACUGCUCCUGGUGCGUUGAGGACGAAGAUGGAGACGAAAUAUGGCUGGAGCAAAGAGAGGGUGCAAAUGCUAUUAGAGGCGUAUGCGAAGGAUGAUUCUUUUAAGGCAUAUGUCACUGCGAGUCUCAUCACGGUCAAUAUAUGAAUCAUUGCAUUGCUACCUGUACAAUACCAUGCACCCCCGGUUACUUGCUGCCGAAUGUUUAAUGUACAGACAAUGGAUAUUAUCCCC